AUGGAAAUGUCAGAUGGACACAUAAAUGGGGUCUGGGUGGAGGUGUGGGUAAGCGGUGGGGUCUCAUUUAGUACUUUUUUGAGUGCGGGCCAAGCAGCACCGGUCUUUCCCUCAACGGGCUCUAAACAGAACCAGGCACAGAGCUCUGCAGCAUCACCAGCGCAACCUUCUCGUGAGGAGGGAACCAGCUUCAGUCUUCCAGGGACGGAGACUGACCCCAACAGUCGACAGCAGAAGGCAGGAGAACCUGAGCAGGAGGCUGAUGCCCUUCCCAGCGGUGACCACUCACGUAAAGGUCAUCAGGACAAAGGUCAUGGGCAUCAUCAAGGUACCAGUCAACACAGAGGUCAUCAUGGAUCUGGCGGUCACAAAGAUGGUAGCAGUCCAAGCCAGAGUGAAGAUGGUGAUCGUCCACGCAAUGAUCAGCCAGAGGAACCACAGGCAGACAGUGGAACCCACAGGUACCCUGCCUCACCUUUCAGAGGUGUUGAGACCCAAGCCAGGGGGCUACCGGGCUCAGUGUAUCAGCAAACGGUGUCUGCAAGGGAGCAGGCAGGAACUGGCGGAUACCCCAGCCAGGGGCAGUCUUAUCCUCCCCAAGGUCGGGAUUCUAUGUACCCCACCCAGGGGGAUGGAGCCAGGGGUUCAAGUGUUGACCAGCCACCUAAUGGCCGCGGAUAUCCUGGCAGAUACCAAACAUACAACCCUAAUCAAGACAAAGCAUCAAAUCCAUACUAUCCCAACUCCAAUCCGUAUCCGAAUCCCAAUCCUAACCCAAAUCCAUACCCGAAUCCCAAACCCGGUAACCCGUACCCAAACCCGUACCCCAACCGCUACCCUAAUAACCAGGAGUCGUCACAAGGCAGGCAGCCGUCUAACCCCGGCCAGCCUCAGACACCAUACCUGGAGAUUGACCCCAUCGAGUCCCAUCGCGGCAGCAGUGAGGGAUCAAGCGCCCAAGGAUCCAGUGAUUCCUCAGCUCUUGAGGGUAGCCCUUAUGGUAGUCGGGAUACCCAAGUCAGAUACGGCUGGAUCGAUGUGGGACUGACCGAGUGCUCAUCAAGUUGUGCUGGAGGAAUUCAACACACCAAGGUAGACUGUAUCGAAUGGCGGACGUUCAGAUCACAGGAUCCGGCCAUGUGUGAUGGAUUGAGGAGACCCAGUGUACGUCAGCAGGCUUGUAACAUCGAGGCAUGCCCGCCAGUAUGGGAAGUGACAGAGUGGAUGGAGUGCAGCCGGACCUGCGGCACAGGGCGCCAGAUGAGACAGGUGACCUGCAAGCAGACCCUGACCCAUUCCCUGAUCACCAUGGUGCCUGGGGAGCGUUGUGACCCCAGGCUGGAGCCAGAUAGAGUGCAGGAAUGCCACAUGGACCCCUGCACGUCCUGGUCAGCUGGAGAGUGGGGUGAGUGCAACAUGCCUUGCGGGGAGGGACGGCGCCAGAGGGAGGUACGGUGUGUGAGUGACGCCCAGGAAGGACUGGAUGAGUCUGCCUGCGCCGAUAAGCAGCUCAGCAAGCCCAGGUCCGAGGAGGCUUGUGAUAUGGGGCCUUGUGUCAGUAAUUGGUUCGUCUCAGAGUGGAAUGACCUGUGUUCAGCUGAAUGUGGCGGAGGGCACAAGAGCCGUUAUGUUGUCUGCACGACAGAGGGAACCAGUCAGGUGUUGACAGAUCAAGCCUGUAACACUAUCACCAAGCCUAGGACAUCCAGGACAUGCAAUAACAUGCCUUGUGGACCUGUCUGGCUGACCUCAGAAUGGUCUCAGUGUUCCAAGGAAUGCGGCGAUGGUUUUCAGGACCGCAUGGUGCUGUGUGCCGGGGCUGAUGAGCCACACAUCAUUGUCAAUGAGGAACAGUGUGCCACCAAGCCCAAACCCACCAACAGACAGAGCUGUCAUCUUAAGCACUGUGUAGCCAUGUGGUUUAAUUCGGAUUGGACCCAGUGUUCUAGAACCUGCGGUGGCGGGCAGAGAAGACGAGAUGUCAAGUGUCUGGAUUCAAACAUGGAUCCUAGCUCACACUGCAGUGAGGAGGACAGACCCUCCGCGACACAGUCAUGCAACAUCCAACAGUGCACCACAAGCAUACCAUCGAGCGACUGCCAAGACAAGUUCUCUUACUGCGAGAAGGUGGCCAAGGCACGGCUCUGCACCUACAUGUACUACCGAAACAACUGCUGUUUCUCUUGCUUCAAUCAUCAGAGAUGAUAACAACCAAAGUCAGUACAAAGAAUUAAAAUCUGUAAAAACAGAGACUCCGUUUUUGCCAUCUGGAUGCAGGUGAAUGUUUGUUUUUUUUCUUCAGGGACUAAUCAUGCCUCCGAAUUGUAAGUCAAGUUUGGACAUCUGAUUUCGCUGUAUUUUUUUUUUAUAAUAAAUCUGAGCAUGCUUUUUGUAAACUACUUGAUGGACAGAAUUAUUUUAUAGAUAAAUCAAGAAAUUGAUGAAUAUCAAUUAGUUAUUAUACACAUUGUACUAAACCAUUGUUUUCCUCUUUACGUCAAUAUUACCUAUAUUCUCUGAUGUUAUGUUUCAUUGUUUUUAUGAUCAUCAUUGUGUUUAUAGAAGCUUUCCAUGCAGUGUUAACAGUUUUAUCAUUUGUAUUCGUAAUUGUACAUUUGAUCUUUUUUAAAGGUUUUAAGGUUUUGCCCUUAAAAGACUUGUACAUGUAUAGUUGUGAUGUUUUAUUCAUAGCACAACCCCAGAGCUAAUCCUGACUUUUCACUCAUGGGACCUUCCAAAAUAUACGGGUUGGAUUUCGGGUUGUACGUCUUACAACUUUUGUCUUCUUCGAUUUAGUCCAUGGCAUAUUGUACAUCCCCGGGGGACUGAUACAGGAACGUUUUUGAAAUACGUCACAUUUAACAGUUGUUGACUGCUGUGAUGUGGGAUAUGACGUUUUUAUCACCCGAGGGGCGCAUAGCACCCUAGGCUAGGGUGCUAUGCGCCCCAAGGGGGUUAAAAACGGCAUAUCCUGCUGUGAUGUGGGAUAUGACGUUUUUAACACCCGAGGCAUAUCCCACAUCACAGCAGUCAACAAUUGUUUCGUUAUAUCAUGCUCAUAAGUCAAACAGAUAAAUGGUUGUAACUUUAAACUGUGUGAGAAAUAAAUUAAAUCACUGCGAUGUAACCUUUGAUAACUGAAGGUUUUGAUAUCCUGCCGGACAUGAGACUGAGCGUUUGACGUUGCAGUUCUCAUUGCGCAAAGCUAGUGUGCCGGCAUGUUCCACACACAAUAUAACAAGAACAAUUUGGAACCACUGAAAUUUCACACAGUCUUACCUAGUAAUAAAUAGGCUGAGUAGGCAGUUCAGUUGUUAAAGAUACAGUGAAAAAUGCAGAGCUACGAGUUCACAACUAUUUGAAUGAAUGGUUUACUUUAGUUGUGCACACAAUUAUUUCUCCAGCUGGCUUUGGCCACUUACAAAAAACGAAUUGGUUAUUAUUGUGUCAUUUGAUCUGAUUUAAGGGUUUUUUUUCAAAAUAGAAAACGAAACGUGCGAGUUUGUAGAAUGUAAUGAUAAUAAAAACAAAUGAGAAAUUGUAUUGCGCGGUCUUCAUAAAAAUGAUCAAUCGCGCAUUACAUAAUGUACCACAGAAAUUGACAUUAAAAUAGCAAGAAUUAAAAUUUAAUGUACCAAAUGCUAUAAGGGCAAAAUUUUAGACCGACACUCAUGAUAUGUAGCUAUUUAUUGACAAUGACAUGCUUGCUUAGUGUGUUAGACUUUAGGCUAACAAUUUACCAUAGCAGGAAUAUAUAUAUUUAUGUAUAUUAUAUCUACUCCAGUCUCUGAAAUGGUAUCCCUUGGAGUUCAGAGGCGAAGGAGUGAUGAGUAACGAGUAGCACAACAAAGAUUGCAUUCUCAGAUACAAGGCGACAUGAUAUGGAUUUUAAUAAUAUGAUUUUAAUUGAUUUGCCUUGAACUUUAACCUUUAACCUUGAAAUGUUACCCUCCCAAAUCCUUCAAAAUCCACCAGGCUUUGGACGAUUUCGCAGUAUUGAGAUAGGUGCAGCCCAUUGCUUUACAUGCGGCUUGGUGCCUCGUAAAAGUUCCAAGUGCAAAUGAAGAGUUCAUUUCCAAACUGUUAUAAAUGCCAUUUUGAAUACCUUCUACAAUCCAGCUCUCUCCUGGCUGCCCAAAAGCGAUAAACACAAUUUAAGAAUAGAAUAAGACGGAAAAUGAAGUUAAGAAACGGCUGUUAUAUUGUUUUUAUUCUUUGAAGUUUCAUAACCAUGCACAUAUUUUUUCAAGUAAGAUUUGAGGCUUUGCAUGGUGGAGAUACUAAAUAAUGAAAGGUUGAAAGGUAUUCGCACAUGGUGUUUCUGCAAACCUUUCAUUAUUCAUAUUUUUUCAGUUUUUUUCAAAGGGAUGUAUCACGUUUGGAAAGAAGCUCUUCAUAUCAUAUGCAUAUUGUAUUAGUUCUAAAUUAACCCAACUAAGGUAAGUUCCAAAACUUCUGCUGUGCCAGAAUUAAGCUGAAAAUGGAUAUGAAGCCACGAUUUUAGGCCAAAACUGAGCCACUGGAUUCCAGCUAGUGCUGGAUUUUGAAAGAUUCAGGAUGGUUCCGAGUGUAUAUUCCUGUGUAGUUAUUAAGGUAAAAAUCGAGAAAGGAACAAUUUUGAAAAAAGUUUGUUUUUGGUGUGACUGAAAAACCCUCGUAAAUAGUUCAUGUUUUGUAGUGAAAUGCUCCAUAGAUGAAUUGUGCGACUCAUGUUAACAUUUUGAAUAUUGUGAAGAGAAACACAAGACUCUGACAAGUUCAGCGUUGAAAACAAUUUUUAAUGUCAUAUAUAAGGAAAGGCACACAACCAAUAUGCAUUUCUCACCAUAUAUUGUCAAGUACUGUACCUGUAAAGUCUCAACAAAUGUGACAUUAAUUUGUUAUCACUCAAUAAGCCAUUUGCGAGUAAAAUUUGAAUAAAAUCUGGAACGCUGACUUAA